AAGAAGGUUUGCGACACCGGAAGCGCGGCACCACUUUUUAUUUACAGCAGAGGAAGAGGCACGGAGGUUUGGCGCUGGUUACGCUUCACACUAGAUUUGCUUUUGAUCCUUAUUAGUGUAUUUGUGAAAAUGGUGCGUAUGUGUUCUUUUCCUGGAUGUGACAACCGAGAGAAAGCUGUGAGAUUACGUCCGAAGGCAUUAUCGCAGGAGGACAGUCUAACUUUCCACAGAUUCCCAUUAAAUGAGCCAUCGAGAUUGAGGCAAUGGCUGCGUGUUCUUCAAAUUGAUUUCAGCACACCCAUUCAAACGAUCAAUUCAAUGAGGGUGUGCAGUAAGCAUUUUUCACCAUCUGAUUUUAGAGUAUUAAAGGGAGGUUCACGACGAUUUCUGAAGUCAACAGCUGUUCCUGUGCGAGCUGAGGGGGGUGAUCCAACUCAGUCCAGUCAAGACCUCGAGGAUGCAGACGACGAUGGAGACACAAAGAUUGUCCCCAGCACAACUAGCUUUGGACAGUGUGAGAAAUCUCAGUCAAAAGUCAUUUUGAUGAUAAAAAGACCUGAAGAACUUGGACAACAGACGUACUAUGCCCGCCCUCCCAUGCACUCCUAUCAAUCAAAUAAACCAACACAGACUGAACAGCAAUCUGAAGAAAGUUUUGACCAAGAUGUCAAAAUGGUUGCUGUAGAUUCUUCAUCAGAUGAGAAGGAUGUCAGUUUUGCUCCUCUGAGUUCAACUCCAAGUCCAAUAACAGAGGACGAGGACGAGGAAGAGGAAGAAAAUGUACAUAAGGAAGAACGUAAGUGGCUGGUCAACGAGUCCAGUUUGAUGGAGCUUUUCAGGAUCUGCCAUCAAUGCGGAGGACCAGUCACAGAAACGAAAACAUUAAACUCGGGGAGCCUCAUCUGUGUUCAAUGGGAAUGUUUAAAUGGACAUCAAGGGCUCUGGAGUUCAAGCCCUGAUGUUCAGGGAAUGCCUGCAAACGACCUACUUGUGGCAGCGUGUACGGUGUUCACUGGAGCAACGUAUGCAGACAUCGCUGAUUGGGCUUCCCUGCUGAACCUUCAAGUGCCAGAUAAAACUGCUUUCUAUGCUAUCCAGUCAUCAUACCUCACCCCUGUCAUAGAUGCCACAUACAGAGAACAACAGGCAGAACUGCUAAACAUCUUGCGUAUGCAAAACAUACUACAAAAAGGAGUGCAUUUAUCAGGGGAUGGGAGAUCAGACAGUCCAGGAUUCUCUGCCAAAUACAACACGUACAGUUUAAUGGAUGAUACAACCGAUCAGAUAGUACACUUCGAGUUGGUGCAGGUUGCAGAAGCAUCUAGCUCCGUUGCUAUGGAGCCCAUAGGUUUCAAGAGAGGUCUGAACAAACUUUUGGAUCAGGGCAUUAAAAUAGAGGUGAUGACUACGGACAGAUCACCAUCCUUAAUGAAGAUUAUGCAGGUGGAUUAUCCGGAUAUUCACCAUGAGUUUGACAUUUGGCAUGUUGUCAAAGGGUUCUUCAAAAAAUUGUUGUCGUUGUCAAGACGAAAGGGGAACCAAGAAGUCCAGCCCUGGAUCAAAUCAAUAUGCAACCAUUUGUGGUAUGCAUGUGCAACAUGUGGAGGUAACCCUGAUAUCUUGACCAAAAAGUGGAAGUUCCUCCUGCAUCACAUUUGUGGUGUACACAGCUGGAUGGAAGAUGGAAUACAGCACAAAUGUCUCCACAGUGACCUCAGUCCUGACCAGCAGCGGCGAAAGAAAUGGCUUCGAAAAGAGUCCCGUGCCUUCCAGUCACUGUCGUCUCUUGUCUUGCAUGAAGGUUUCCUAAAGGACCUGAGGCAAAUGGCCCUUUUCAAGCAUACAAACAAGCUUGAGGCAUUUCAUUCUGUUCUGCUGAAAUACUGUCAAAAGAACCUGCACUUUCACUAUUCCUCCAUGUUUGCUCGUACGCAACUAGCUGUCCUUGACCACAAUGAGAGUGUACGCCAUCAACAGGCCACAGCCAGCACUGGCAAUAUUGUUUUCCCCAACAACUCCAAAGAGUGGGUGGUCAAAAAUCCAACUACCCCAAAUUUCCAAAAUGUUCUGGUUCAUAAAGUUCUACAGCGGCUCGAGGACCCCACUAUCCUGUUCCAGGACCAGUUUCUCUCAGUUGGCUCUUCCCCAACUACCACCAUAGCACAGAAACAAGCCAAGGAAGAAGCUAUUUCACUGCCUGUGGUUUUGACUUUCCUUCAUUUAAUCCGGUGGCUCUAUCCUGCUUUCAGUCGCUGCGCAGAAGGACUUACUAUCAGACUGAACUCGAACAAACUAGACUGCCAGAGGAGAUCCACCAUGGGUAACAAACGGAAAGCAUCCAAUGAUUUCGACAAAGAUUCAGAUGCCAGUUCAGGAUAUUUCAGUGCUUUGGACCAGACAGACUUUGAAGACAUGGGACCGACCAGUACUGCCUUCCACAGGAUGAAGACAUGUCCACAGGUGCCUUUUAUUCCUGGCACACAUCCAGGCAUCUCUCCUAUGAUCGUAAUGAAAAACGUUCUCCUCAAGCAGCCUAACUCUAUGGCUCCUGCAUUAAAACACUGGACCUUAAACCCUUCACUAGAUGUGGUUCCUCAAUCUCCACUUGUUUUCCUCCAGCCAGUCAUUCCCACUGGUGACUGCACCCCCCAAAGAUCUGACAAGCAGAAACAUUCCAGAAGGCAUGUUCCCAUGCAAAGCACCUUUCCAAAGAUUGCCCCACACCCUGCACAAGGGUUUGCAGUCGACCUGGGUCCCAGUGCCAUCAAUAAAAAGUCAAACCACAGCCACAGUGGAAGACAUCAACAACGCAGUCAUGGUGAUAAAACUUUCCAGAGUUCCUCUUUGAAGCACGAUGAGACAUUUGAGGGUUAUAGUGUCGACACCAAUGCUGUCUCUUGGGGAGAAGUUAGUCAAACUGUCCCAGACAUGAGUGAGAAAAACAUCCCAUCCAAGCUUUCUGAUUCUCAGGAGCCUCAUACCACUACUUCACCAUUCUCGCUUUGCUCUGACUCAUUCCUCACUUCAUCACCUCAAAAGUGUCCCAGUGCAACAGUCACUGAGAGUUGUGAUGCGGAGAACAUCUCAGAGGCCCAUUCUCCAAACUUCUGCAAACACAAGCGCUUCUGCAACACAUACAAUAUUUUGAAUAGGUCAGGGUUGCUGGGCAUCACACUGCGUACCAAGGAGCUUAUUCGACAAAACAAACGUUCCCAGGCCCAACUUAAGAGCCUGCAAGCUCAGACUGACCUCUUUUUGGAGGCCAUUUGUAGUGGAGACCCCAAAGUCUGGACCAGAUUGCAGCUAACCCUCCAGAACUCUGGAGACGGCGAGCUGAAAGCGAUGGAAUCAUUAGUGGACUCUGUAAGGGAUGCAGGAGCAGACAACACAUCUGUUGGUUGUGUGGUGUAGUAGAAGGUUUACAUUUUGUAUUGUCUUGGCCAGACAUUAUGAAGUAAAUAAUUUUUCAAAUCGGUUACUUGGCAGAUUUAGUCAUGGAUCAUUUAGAAUAUAACUUGACCAGUUUCUUACUUUUUUUCAGUUGGAAACUUCAAAGACUCUUGUUUAAAGGUAGUUGUAACUCCAUGUGUCUCUAUUUUGAGAAAUAUUAAGGCCUAAAGAUGCCAUGGGCAUUGUGCUAUUUUUAUUUCAGAUUUGUUUUACAGAUUUGGCUAGUAUUUAAGUUAUAAUUUAUUUGGUCAGAAUUGCUUAUGCAGCAGCAGUGAAAGUGACAAAGAAAAUAAAUUCUGCACAGUUGGGUGGGUUCUAAACUGUGUAAAUACACACAACUUAUAAACUUACUUUAUGGGCCCAAAGUUUGGAGAAUGAUAUAGCUGCAGGCAGAGCUCCAGAAAGGGGUGGGAGCUCCAAGCCAUCAGCAAAGAUAUAGGGAGCCCCUAACCUAACACUUUCCCUGACCCUAACUGUGAGUGGAAGUGACACCCCCUUUUGGAGUUGGCGCAACCCCCCUUUAGAGUAACCCUGCCCCUUCUGAAGUUACCCCACCCUCUUUUGGAUAUUCUGCCCCAGUUUAGAGAUCUCCAGCCUGCAGCUAUACCUACAUGAAUGUCCGGAAAAACUGGCUAAUGAAACCAUAUCUAAUAAAUGCCUUUGACAAAUCACAAAUGUGUGUGUGUGUGUGUAUGCUUUAACCUUAAUUGGUUACACUUAAGAAUGAUGGUGUAUUUGUUAACAUAAAUAAAUGCAUUAGGUAUCAUGAGUUAAAAAUGAACAAUAAUCAUAUACAACAUCUAUUAAUAUUGGUUCAUUUAUAAAAAUACAACUGUUUAUUCUAACAAUUCAUAAUGCAUGAACUAAUGUUAACAAAUACAAGUUCUAAUUAAAAAAUAUGUAUAUGUUGAAAUUAACAUUAACCAAUAUUAAUAAGUGCUUAAAAAUGUAUUGUUUGUUAACUAAUGUAGUAAACUAAUGUUAAUAAAUACAUCCUUAUUGUAAAGUUUUACCCCUUGAUGUUAAGAGGAUUAUACAUAUGUGCACAAUGCUCAUCAAAUGCUUUUUAACUUCAAAAUGUAUUAAUGUAUUAUAUAAAGUGCAUAUUUGAAACUUGUAAAAAUUUGUUUGUACUUAAAAUUAUUUGUAUGUAAUGGCAAGCCAAGUUAUAUUAUUACUUUGUUCUCAAAUGAAUCUCCAAUAGUAAAUGUUCUUGUUACUUGUAUUUACUAUUGGUAAGACCAAUGGACUUUGAGAGUAAGAGUAUAACUUUUGUGUGGGUCAGGGCGUAUUUUAAAUAGCAUUUGUGUGGUGAUUGGUUUUUUGUUUUUUUCUUGUUCUUCUUAUGGUAGUUUACAUUUUAACAAAGAUUGUGAGUUAUCUGAGCAGAUAGGCAAAUGCACAGGUUUGCAUUUUUAAUAGCACAGUUAUUUCUGCAGCAAUCUGCUACACUGCAUGCAUAUAGACUGGUCAUUGUGUUUGGGAAUGCAGGUUAAUAAUAAGCCUUUACGAGAGAGGUCAGGUUUGCUAUUUACUUGUUGAGUAAUGAAUGCACUAUAUGUGAUAUAUGUGGUAAAAGUGUACAUUUGUUCUGUGAAUUUUACAUUGUUUUUGGGGACUUUUUGAGUUGUUGUAUACUGAAAUGUGUUUGAAUUUGCUUAUCACAAAUAAAAACACACUGUCUUGAUCUAUCAGAAGAACAGUGAUGCUGAAUGACA